GAUCCAAUUACUAUUUACAAAUUUAACAGUUGGGUCGCACUGUUUGCUGUGUGUUCGCAACACAUCAUCUUCUAAAUACUUGCCCUUUUUCAAUUCCCCUCUUUAUUCUUUACACCGUCACUUCUCACUCUCUCAACUCCCACCAAUCUCUCUGUCUCACUCGUGAACGCAUCUUUUUCCCGCCUAUUUAUACCCUCACAAAUGCAGACGCAAAUGCAAAUGCUCUCUCAAUCUCACUUUCUCUCUCUAAAUCCCCGCAACUCUUUACCUUUCUCCUCAUCAAACUCCGGCGUCUGCCGGUAUAAUCGCCGGAAAAUCCUCUCCGGUAUCAAAUCGUUUCCGAUCUCCGGAGGUAUCAAAUUGUCCUCCUAUAGGAUGGCUUCGAAUUGUGCGCUCCGUAAUCAAGUACAAAUCGAUGAUUUAGGAGUUGAUGAGUCGGAGCUCGACGAAUUUGCUACUGUUAGUAACAAAAUUGCUGAUGCUGCUGGUGAAGUUAUUCGUAAAUACUUUCGGAAAAGCUUCGAUAUUCUCGAUAAGGAAGAUUUGAGUCCGGUGACAAUUGCUGAUCAAGCGGCGGAGGAAUCCAUGGUGAAGAUAAUUCAAGAGAAUUUCCCUUCCCAUGCAAUUUAUGGAGAGGAGAAGGGAUGGAGGUGUCAAGAGGAAACUGCAGACUAUGUUUGGGUUUUAGACCCGAUAGAUGGGACAAAGAGUUUCAUUACCGGGAAACCUGUGUUUGGCACUCUUAUUGCACUGUUGUACAAAGGUAAACCGAUUCUUGGUGUUAUUGACCAGCCUGUACUGAGAGAGAGGUGGACUGGUUUAAGUGGGCGACGAACUUCCUUGAAUGGGCAACAAAUCUCCACACGCAAUUGUUCAAGUCUUUCAAAAGCCUACCUGUACACUACCAGCCCACAUUUGUUUGAUGGGGACGCUGAAACUGCAUUUUCUCGUGUUAGAAGCAAGGUGAAAGUUCCACUGUAUGGAUGUGAUUGCUAUGCUUAUGCGCUAUUGGCUUCUGGAUUUGUGGAUCUUGUAAUAGAGUCUGGUCUUAAGCCGUACGACUUCCUAUCUCUUGUACCAGUAAUAGAAGGUGCCGGAGGGAUUAUAACUGACUGGAAAGGACAACAAUUUAAUUGGAACGCUUCUGCUGGUUCACCAGCUACAAGUUUCAAUGUAGUGGCAGCAGGUGAUAAACAAGUUCACCAACAAGCUUUGGAUGCGUUGCAGUGGCACUAGAGAGCUAUAUUUCGUUGUAUUGAUUCAAUUCCCUUCGACACGAAUAUCAUAGUUACUGAUUACUUGCAACCGAGUCUACAUUAAUUUAAAUUGUAAAGUGAAUUGUGGUGAUCCUCUGUCGUAACUUCGUGAGAAAUUGUCUUUUAGUUACAAGAUUGAUUUGACUUGAAGAAAUUGGCAGAGAACAUGCAAGUACAAGAAAACAUUAUAACAAAAAGUUGAUGUAAUGGCUAAAAAGAAUACUGGGUUUUGGCA